UUGAACCUCCUUCGACAGUUCGACCCCCAGAUUUGGAUAUCUUGUUAGUUGUUUGUACCACGUCGUGUUAUCGUGUUAAACCCCCAUGGCAAUUCUUGAUUUGAUCAAGUAGCAAAUUGGAGGAGUGUGAUCUGGUGCUGUCCUUGGCUUUCCUACACUCUUCAAUUACAUCCGACAACUUGCCUUUUAUAAUUUUCUCGUCUGAUUUAAAAUGAUUCAAAUGCAUCUACAAUUGCCUUUGAUUGUACAUAAAUUAAAAGAGUGCACUUUCUGACAGCAAUGAAUCUCAUGCUCAAAGCCUAAGAUCAAAGGUAAAAUGGCCAAAAUGAUGAGGCAGUUCCCCUGGGGGCGUAGCAUGAUCCUACUCCUUCUACUCUGGCUCAUUUUCCUAGUUAUCGCCCUCGGUUUCUUAAGGCACGAACCCGACCAGCAGACCAACAUGAGGAUAUCGCAGGCACUGCGCGAUCUCCAGUCCCUCCACCGCCAGAGGGAGGAAAUCAGCAAGCUGCUCACCGACUACAACUCGGGAAAUCUUCCUCUGAGACAGGAUGAAAAAGAAUCCAUUUUGAAAAAUAUUCAAGACAAAACUAUGCUAUCUGAAAAUCAGCAGGGUUUUGACCUAAACGAUUUUGUCAGGGGACGAAGAGAUAAAAAACCAUCCCUCGAAUAUGAAAAACUCAGGAGACGUCUACAGAUGGGAGUAGAAGAGAUGUGGUAUUUUAUAAGCAGCCAGGUGAAGCAGAUUCAAAAGUCAAAGUCUUCCCCUCAGCUUGCGACUCAUUUGAAUAAGAUACUCGAAGAAGGAGUUGAGCACAAGAGGUCUCUUUUAAAAGAUGUGUCUCGCCUGGGUGAAUUGGAUGGGUUCGCGGGCUGGAGGUUGAAAGAGGCUUUCGAACUUUCAGACCUCGUACAAAGGAGGAUUUCCUACUUGCAAAACCCAACUGAUUGUGAUAGUGCCAAAAAGCUGAUCUGCAAGCUGAACAAGGGUUGUGGUUAUGGGUGUCAGCUUCAUCAUGCUGUAUAUUGCUUAUUGGUAGCAUUUGGUACAGAAAGGACUUUAAUACUCCAAUCAAGAGGAUGGCGCUAUAAUAAAAAUGGUUGGGAACAAGUAUUCCAACCUGUCAGUGAUACAUGCAGAGAAGUUAAAUCCCCCAUUACUCCUUGGCCAGGGACUCCUAAUUCCCCAGCCGUCCUUUUAGGCAUAAUAGAUUCUGUUUCACCAAGGCCUCCUUAUUUGCCACUUGCCGUACCAAAAGAUCUCGCUGAACGCAUUGAACGACUCCAUGGCGACCCUUCUGUAUGGUGGGUCGGCCAGUUUCUCAAGUACCUUUUACGACCACAGCCCGCGACGACUGAUAUGCUUCAAAAAGCAGCGGUCAAUUUUAAGUUCCAGCAUCCCAUCGUUGGAGUACACAUAAGAAGGACAGAUAAAGUUGGGACAGAAGCAGCCUUUCAUCAUGUCGAAGAAUAUAUGUCGCACGUAGAGGAAUAUUUCAAAAUCCUUUCCUUAUCGCAACCUGUACCCAUUAAACGUGUCUACUUGGCAUCUGAUGAUGUCAAUGUUUUUGCAGAAAUAAAGAAAAAGUAUCCUGAUUAUGAAGUUAUUGGUGAUCCGAAAAUUGCAAAAACAGCAGCAGUCUCGACUAGAUACUCGGACAAUUCAUUAAAUGGAAUCAUUAUGGAUAUAUACUUCUUGUCUCAGUCUGAUUAUCUCGUUUGUACAUUUUCUUCUCAGGUCUGUCGAGUUGCUUAUGAAAUAAUGCAGUCGCUGCAUCCUGAUGCUGCAUCAAGAUUCAGAUCUUUAGAUGACAUAUAUUACUACGGCGGGCAAGGCAUACACAGACAAGUUGCAGUUAUGAGUCAUAGGGCCAACUCGCCCGAUCAGAUGGACCUUGAGGUCGGUGAUAUUGUCGGGGUCGCGGGCAACCACUGGGACGGUUACUCAAAAGGAAGGAAUUUGAGGACGAAUCAAGAUGCACUCUAUCCAUCUUUCAAGGUUGAAAAUGUCGUCGAGGCUAUCGAAUUUCCAACAUAUACAGAAGUUCCUUUGAAGGUUGUCCCUGAACAGAAUGACAAUUGAAUUCAGGGCACAGACUUAUAAAAUACUCACUUGUGUAAUACUGUUGGGGAAUUUAGGAAUUUCUCUACCAUCAAAUUGUUUCUGAUGUUAAUAAAAAACAAGUUGUUAAUAUCAAAAUAAUUAGUUAAUAAGGUGUGUAAAUUAAAUUUAUUUAAAAGAAAUAGUGCCAACUCUAAUUUUUUUUUUUUUUUUUUUUUUUAAAGAAAAGCAAUAAUUUGAUGGUUGUGAGAAUAAAAAUUUUAUUUUCAGGGCAUUUAUUAGAUUUGCUGAAAAAACUGCAAUAGAGUUCUUUCGUUUUGACAUUCAGGGGGAUAUUGAGACUGAGUUUUUCUUUUAUAUUUUACAACCAAAACGGUUUUCAAUUGUACCUUCGAUUCGACUUAUUGUCGUCAAAUUGCGUAAAAAAAAUAUCAAAACCAUACUUGGUAGUCAAUUUAUUUUCUGAAAAAUUGUGUUCACUAGGACCCAACGUUUAAGCUUUUUCACUUAUGUUAUUCACAAUUCUAUUUUGUGUGUGUGAUUAUCCUUUUUUUUAUCUAUAACGACAACAUGAAGAGACAUGGGCAUCACAACCCUCUUCUUUUUUUUCUUUUAGUGCACAUGUGUUAUAUUUUCUUUCUGUGUAUGUUUAUUAUCAUUAAUGUAUUUUCACAUUCCUGGAGGAAAAAAAUUGCAAAAGGAGAAAUGAUAUUUAAUAUUUUACUGAUUUUCUUCCAUUAUAUAUUUUUUUAUGUACUUUUCUUGAUUAUAAACUGAGAUUUUUCUAUAGAUUUAUCUACUUAUAGCUGAGAUAUUUGUAAUUUGAUUUUUUUGAGAUUCAUAUGUGAUCAUCAAACAGGAUUUUGACUUAAAUUAAUAAUGUGUUACGUUGACGCACAAAUCUAAUCUUUUUUAUAAAAUCUGGCUUUAUGAUUUUUGAAUCCUUGUUUCAGUUAACCAUUUAAUAUGUUUUUACUCAAAAUAAAUUUGGUUUUGUAAUAUGAA